AUGAGUUGGCAAACUUAUAUUGACUCUAACUUGCUGGGUACCGGUAAAGUGACAGAAGCUGCUAUUUGUGGCUUAGAUGGAAACUUAUGGGCAUACAGCAAAGGCUUUCAGGUAAUGUUCACAGAAGCAACAGCCAUCAUUAAGGGCAUCCAAAGUGAUAGCUCGGUAUUAGCCGCAAGUGGAAUUAAAGUUAAUGGUACCAAGUACAUGUUUCUACAAGCAAUAAAAGAUGAAUUCGCUUACGGCAAAAAAGGCAAUGACGGAGUUUGUUGCAUCAAGACAGGCCAAUGUUUGAUUAUUGGCACCUAUGAAAAUGGUAUUCAACCUGGAGAGUGUUCUGUAGCUGUUGGAAAAGUGGCCGAUUACUUGAGGAAUAGUGGUUAUUAAUAAGUUGAACGAUUAGGAUAUCUUGAGAACAGUUUGUGUUAACUACAGUAUUAAUUACUUUGAUAAUUAUCGUACCGUAAUGUACUACCGUCAUGCUGCUAUUUACGUAAAAUGCCGAGUUAACGUAGUGCUGUACUUUCGAUUGUAACCUUAUUAGGCAUAAAUAACCUAAAUUAAUAAUUUUUACAGCAACCCAAUUUUGGUAUCUUGUCCGAUGGACUUCAUGAUUUAGUGCAGGAUAGUGUGUGUAAUGGGCAGGCCUACGUUCAAAAUAGAGAUUUAGCAAAAAUAAUCAUUUAGGCGGAAUAAAUAUUUCAAAUGGUUUUGUUUUGUCGUAUAGAUUUGAUUCAGCUUAAUUGGUCAUAUUUUGCUGUUAUGUGUUCUUUCUUCCUACUCUUUACGAUAGCAAUCAUAAUUCUUUCCUUUGAUAAAAUCAGUUAUUUGGAUCAAUGGGUUUUAUAUCAUAACUAAAGCUAGAUAAGUUGAUGCCUACUUUCAUAAAUCCUUGCUAAACCUACUUCAAACUUGACGUGGUUAGUUGUUUGUUGGUGUAAUGAUGAAUAAAUCUUGUGGAUUA